UGAGGCAGGAACCACAGAAUUAGGAAUCAAACGAGAACUCGCGUAACGAAUUGGCUAACUGAUUCCAUCAACUUCGUCAUUGGCACGUUAUUAUCGUUUAAUUUCAAUAUCAUGCAACCUUUCCGACAAUACGUGAUGAAUAGUGAAGUGAACGGUAUAAUUAUUCGUUGAUCGACACUUGAUAAUAGUAUACCAGGCAUAGCCCACGAUAUAUUCAUAUUACGACAAAUGAUUGAUGGUAUGCUUUAGAUUCAUGCGCAAAAUAUGCUUAUUGAUUUUGAGCGACAAAGAAAUCUGUACGUGCCCGUACACCACACGUGUGCUGUACAAUUGAAUGUAACAGUUAUUGCACGUUCUUGCACACAUCACUUUUGUGUUUCGACGAGCGACAGUGAAACUGACUUCCGACAAGAAUUAUUUCGUCACCAUGGUGAAUGACAACCAGCUGAGGAAGUUCUCCAAUAAAUCACCUGCCUCACAGUUUAACUUUCACGUUAAUUCGGUUGAAAUGAAAAGGAAAGUCAGUGAAUCGUAUGAAACACAUGACCUGCCGAGAUCUUACUGGCGUACCACAUUCAUGCUGUGCUGUUUGCCAUUGAUCUUCUGGGCCAUUCCGACGCAUUUAAUUUUUCGUAGAAAGCGUUUACAGUCAACCAAAGAGUGGGUACAGUUCUUAUGACCCUGUACAGCACCUUGUUCGUCACUGUUGACCUUUAUAAUGAUUUUGUUGUCCGUAUUUUACAACUUGGUCUUAAUUUACAUGAUCGGUUACUUUUUCUAUGUGCUGCUGUUCACGGGCAAAUUCGAUCAAAUGUUCGAGACAUCUUGCAUUGAAAUUGUAAGAAAUUUGCCGAUUUUGGUGCCGUUAAAUCUCUUCUGGCUUAAAGGAUACCGCAUCCAGAAUUGCGUAGCGUCUUUCGACCACUUUACGCUAUCAAUAUCGAGAAUCUAUUUGAGUGGAGCAAAAAUCACCGCACCAUCGGGUUGUCGUCUAAAAUUGUUAAUGGUCUAUGCGCUACUAAUAUUGGCUCAUGCAAUACACUACGCUAUCGAAUACUAUCAGACUGAUGCAGUGGAAACACUUUCCGAUAAAUCUUCGGCGUCAGCGAUAUGGUCGGCUGUAUUUGAAUAUUCAUCAGCCAUUUUGAUGACCCUGUUCAUACCGAUUUAUUGCACAUUUUGCUGGGCGGUAAACUAUCAACUGGAAUUAUUUUUCGAAUAUGUGAAUGUCUUAAUCAACAUACGAGCUGUGCCAACGUACGAAUAUUUUGAUCAGUUUAAGCGAUGCUACCGCAAAAUUGCAGAUGAUAUUAUGUUUGUCAAUCAAUUGUUCGCGCUUUACCUUUCCGUGGUGAUGGUGAUUGUAGGUCAAAUGAUAUAUGGAGAGGCAUCGAAUUUAGGCAUGCGAAUUUUGAGUAUCGUCAUUGAAAUGUUUACCAAGGGAGACGAUGCAGCGGAGGCUACAGUGAAAACUUUAGCGUUGUCGGAAAUCAGGCUUAUUGUCGGGGCUGUCGUGAUCGUAUUGUUAUAUAUUGGACUGUUCGGAUUCACUUACUGGCAAGCGGUCUUAGUGAACGAUAAUGUUCGAUAUUUGCAUGUGUGGAUCAACGACUUUGUCACAGAACCCGCAUCUCGGCUACCGUCUCAGCUCUUUGAAGGGUUUACCCUAUUGAAAUGGUACAUUCAUUCUAGGCUAGAGCAAGAACGUCCAGCACUGCUUAACAUUAUGUUAGUCAAUGUUGUACCGUUCCUGGCGACAAGACUUCGUCAAUACAGAGUCAAGCAUUGAAUUGACACAAAAUCACUAACUUAAUGAUCUACAAUGUCCAAAGUGUUCGAUUUGAUGCAUAUUGUCCACCUUGCAGUUUGUCACAUUGCUCGUAUACUCUCUCUUUUGAUUACAAAAUUAAAACUUGUUUUUAUUCGAAUGAUCGUGAGUAUUCUAUAGGAUAGCAUCACAUCCACAGGAUCA